AUGUCGUCUAUGGUUGUUUAUCAUAUGUUUUUGUUUACAGCAUUGUCAGUGGAUGGUGGCUGGAGUGAGUGGAACUCCUGGAGUAUCUGUACCAAGCCAGUUGGUGGUAUACAAACAAGAAAGAGAGAAUGCACCAAUCCAGAACCAGGACGUUGUGGGAAACACUGCGAUGGGACCGGAGCACUGUUGAGAGUAUGUAGCAACAUGUCCAGUUGCCAAGAAGGUAAAAUACAAAUUGCAGCGUUUCUGAUUUCCGUGGAUGAAAACUUCUUUGUUGAAAAAAAAACUGAACAAAUUCAGGAAUAAAAGUUAGAAUAACAACAAAUGAAUGGAAUUACUGGGUUUGAACUUUAAUCAGAUAAUCAUCUAGGCAAAGUAUGUGAAAUGCACAAAUUAUCAAAAGUCAGGAGUUCAUGAAUGGACAAACUCUUUACAUGUAUGGAAUUCACCAUUUUUUUCUUGAAAGAAAUGAAACAAAUAUCCACUAUCAUUAGUACUAAAAUAUAGGUACUAAAAUAUUGCCACGAGCUUUCGCUAACAUUUGUGGUCGCUCUGUAAGAAGUCUGCACUAUCUGCGCAAUGGCAAUUACGAAUUCUGUUGGACUGCCCGUAAACAAUACCUUUUUAGCUAAUCCGGUAAUGCUAACUAUCAUCCAAUGACGAGAAACAUGCUCAAAAAUGCGAGAGCCUCAGUUACUAAAUAACCUUUUGGCAUUGACCUGCUGGCAAAGAAAAUCAUGCUAGCUAAACAGGAAAUUCUUCCACCAUAAACUGAAAAGAAAGCUUUUAAAAAAUGUAAGGACUACUGUUACUAGGUAAUUAUAUGGGGACAUCAUCAACACAAGAAUUUACCUAUGCUGAAGUAGUUCACGCUGUUUAUUGUUAUCCUCAUUUAUAAAUUUUGUUUUGAAUAUUUGAAGAAUUUCCCCUGCGUUUUGAAACAGAGAAGAACCCAUCUUUUGGUACAAUGAAGAUAUUCUCAAACAGCAGCUGGCAAAAGCUUUGUACCAGUCAAUGGGAUGAAGCAGAUGAAAAUUCAACCUGCAUGGCCAUGGGCUACUAUAACAACGGUGCUAAUGACACAUGGUACGCAGAACGUGGCAAUGCCACAGAGAUGUCCACCCACCACAACUGCACCAUUCCCACCAGAUGUCAAAACAAACAACAAUUUUGCAAAGGUAAUAUUGAGUUGCACUCAUGUAAUAUCCACACGAUCUCCAAAGAUGGUAACUUGAUAGAUUUACUCACACUCCAGAUAUGAAAACUUUUACGCGAUCAAUGAUCGCUCAUCUUCGGGUAUCUUUUAGGUUCUAAAAAGGUUUCUAUCGUUAAAAAUCUAGCGGGUUUCUACUGUUUACACACUAAGACGAUUACAGUUGAAUUACUGCCGAAAGAAGAAACUAGCUGCGCAGUUAUGCAUUUGGGUUUCAUGAACUUCAUAACCUUACUUCAAACCCUUUACUAAGUUUCCUUAAAACUAUUGCAUCCUUCUAGUUUCCUUUUUUUUCUCUCUUUCGUGCAAGUAGGGAAUUUCACAUUUUUUUACUCUAUUUAUACCUAACUAAACGCCUUUUUCUUGAUUAUUCUGUGAGAAAUGCUUUAAAAUGACUUUCUAGUUUAAAAUGUUAAUCACCCUUUUGUGUUCCCCGAAGACAAAGAAAAAACGUCUUGAAUGUUCCAAAAUUAUUGAAAAAAAACAUCUAGUUUUACAAUUUAAAACGCAGUCACGAAGCAAUGUAAAAGAGGUUUGUCGUAAAACAUUGCAGCAAGGAAACCACACCGUGACAACGAACGAUGCGGCCAACGUUCGAAUACUGAAUAAUUUGCACCCAGAAUUUCACUUAAAACAAAACACUUAGACUGGCAUGAACUAUUUAUCAUUUCGUGAUUUAUAGGCGUUCUUGAUUGUUGAUAAUUAGUGUUUUCCAUCUUAACGGAUUGAACUUUUUGUAAUUUCAUUAGUUCCUGUUCGCUUGAAUGGCGCAAAUGUGGAGUAUGGAGGAAGAGUGGAAGUGUUUUACAAGGGGAAAUGGGCAAAGAUAUGUAGGAAUAAAUGGGACUUUAAUGAUGUCAAAGUUAUUUGUCGUCAACUUGGCUUUGAAGAGGCUUUAGCGGAGUUCAUUGGGUCAGACAUAAAGGCUGAGGGAAUACCUUUUGCAAUGUCCGAUGUCUCUUGCACCGGAGAAGAGUUUGAACUUGCAUCAUGCGAUCGCAUCGAUGGAAAGUUAAAUAUUCCCCCUCAAUGUCAAUCGGAUGACAAGGGUUCUCAAGCGUUGUGUCAACCAAGUAAGCAACUCAAUUUUUAUAUCUGAUUAGUUACUGUGGUUUUCGUGGUUGUCUUUCUUCUUCCCAUUGACCUUCUAAAGUAGAGGGAAAUCAGAGUAAAUUGAGAUACACAGAUGACCAGAAGACCAUUUAUAAAAACAUUCUGCCAAAGUGUGACGUCUCAAGGUGGGGUAACCCGCCUAGCCGGGGUCGCGUUCAUGGCAAAAAGCUCAAAAGCGAAAUAUGUAUGUUUUAAAACUUCGUACAUACCCUAGCCGUCUAAUGGCAGAAAUCAUCAGAAACCGUAACGGACACACAAGGAGUGUAAAAUGUUCACAUUUCGGAAUAUUUAGCGUUGUAAAUUGACCAUGUUUGGUUUCCCAAAAUAUUCCGUAGAACGUAUUAAGUCAACGGUUCCCCACGAAACCAAACACCGCGUAACACAACGCGUGACGCUUUCAUGAAUAAAUACAUAUGUGAGCGAGAAUUAAUCUUCCAUCUUUUUCGAGAUGUGAGCUUGGGACACCUCUGCUCAGACUCCUUAAUUGCAAGCGCAACAACAACCUCAAGAAACCUCACCCCAGCACCUCGGGGUUGUAAGAUUGCAUGUAAACGCGUUUUAUUUUUCGACCUCGGCUAGGCGGGUUACCUCACCUAUCUGAGGUCCCCCACCUCCAUGUAAACAGGCCCUUGCCUACUUGUCACCACCAUUUACUGGCAUAAACCACUACAAUUUGUAAAAAAAAUCUGACAUAACACUCUUACCUUAUUUAUUUAUGAUUUUAUUAGCUGUUUCGACGAUCAAGUUAUGCCCUACCACAUUUUAGCCAGAUUAAAAAUCUUCUCCACGUUAUUAUAUGAGUUGCAUGACAAGCGUGAUACAAAUUCAAGCAUGAAUCAACCUCCGAAUUACCAAGAGAUAGGUUCUUUUUCCCUCUUUGCAUAUCUGCAUACCUAUAAAAACCUUCCAGGAAUUACUGUAUUCAGAAAACUAAAAUAUCCAGAUCCAUCAUUGGUUCCUUUGCCGGCGGAAGUCAAAGAAUGUUCACAAAAGUCAAUUCGAUUGACAAGCUACAUAUUGAUUUAGCUAAUUGAUCUGUUGUGUAAGCGUCUCAUCUUACAUGCUAACAAGGAGAUUUGCUGUUCAUUUAAAUCGUUCGCUGGUGGGACUUUUGGGUAUCGUUAUCGAGAAGACCGACGUUGCAUAUCUCAGGUCGUUCCCUUGCGUAGUUGUAAAAAAGACAUUUCAAGUCACUUGCGGAGAUCCAGAAACUGAAGUUGGUCUUAUUUUGUCGCAACCCGGCAUCUUCAGGACGCCAAAAGAUACCGAUGAUUUCACAAUCUGCCCCACUCGUAGAUCAAGUAUCGGUACCGGUGUCACAGCGGAUUUGGACCCCCCGGUCUGGCAAUCUGCAGACAAUGCAGAGCCACUCGCCCUCGGGGCGGUCUUAAAUCCCUCGCAGUUCAUGUGUAACCAUUCCUCGCACAACUCGCACUGCACCACUUCAUUCCAACACUCGGGCAUUGAACAGUGACAAAAUAAGUUAGUGUCACAAGUUUGUCUCUUAUUGAGUCUAGCGGUAUUCGAAUAUCGCGAAAGAGGUUCAAAAAUGACCUUUCUCCAGACAUUAAACUAAAUUCUUGCCCAUUUUCCCUUAGUCGAAAGAAAAAUCCGACGGGAUGCCAGUUCGUAUGCAUUAACGAUACGCAUGUUUUGAAUUAAAAACAUACUUUAGUACGCACUGGAACGUAAAGUAUCAUCCAUUUUUACUAGAACGUUAAGGAUGAUGUUUUCACUCAGUUUUGUUGGGGGGGUCCAAAUCCGUAUCCGCUAGCAGAUUCGGACCGGGGGAUCCAUAUCCGCUGGCGGAUUUGAACCGGGGGUCCAAAUCCAGGGGGGUCCAAAUCCGCUGAGACACCGGUGUUGGGUGCCUAAAGAAGUGUACGGCCGUGGUAAAGGUAGGGUUAAGUCGAUUCCAAAAGCUGAUUGGGGAAUUGGCAAGCGUGUACCACAGACAGUACGCAAGACGUCUAGAAAAUUCAUAAUACCGCCUUGUGCAAAAUUACGUGCCCCGUCAGACUUAAGUCUCGAUUGGGAAUUGGUCAAUACACCCCCUUUCAGCACCCAGCAACCCGCUUUUAACUGCUACGCUGCUACUGAAACAACGAUUUGUGGCCACACAAGUGACAUAUUCAAAUAUUGUCAAUUCAACAUAAACAAAAAUCUUCAUACAGGGUAAAUAUUCAUUUUUGUUGAGAUCAAUUAUUGCGUGACUAGCUUAUGAUAUAAAUGGGGUAGGGGAAAACACAACUUAAAACUUGGGCUCCUUGAAAAAAGUAAUACCGAAGCGAAAUAUAAUGACCGAAACAGCUUAUUGGUCUUAUAAAAUCAUAAGUAAACAAGGUAAGAGUGUUAUGUUAGAUUUUUUUACAAAUUGUAGUGAUUUAUGCCAAUAAACAAAUUUUGCCGGACUUUGAGUUCGUCUCACGAUAGAGCAACACAAAUAAACAAUGAAAUUUUUGCAGUAACUUUAUAACCAUCCUUUUGUCUUUUAUAAACUAGAAGCUCAGUAGAUUCUGCUAUAUCGGUCAUUGUUAAAACUGUCUUUGUUUUGGUGCUACUUUUCGACAUAGAAAAAGUAUGUCAGAUAAAAAUAUUCAACUUAAAAUUAAUAUUUCUUUGCUAGCUUCAAUACUGAGAGGGGAUUAAGUUUAGAUGUUAAAAAAGGAUUAUGUUGACAGAAAUGUGGGAGGUCAAGUAACUUCGUUACAUGAGGUCACACAACUCGAGUGAUAUUCACGGUGAAAAUUUGCAUAUUUGAGCGGUCGAACGAAAAAAAUAAUUUCUCGAAAACUAAAAUAUAUUUUCACAAACAAAAAACUACACCACAAUUAUAAGGACAUAUUGAGCUGCAAAAUAUGAAAGUAGGAGUGAAAGCAAAUUUUGGGUGACUUGCCGUUGUUUCUCUGAUGCAUGUUAACAUUAGCUCUUAAGAAACUUACCCUCCCUAUAGAUGAUUCAACUUGGUCUUGAGGUAAAAUGACGUUAGCUAGGGUGUACAUGACUUUCAUGAAGGUAACAUGACUGCUCAUAAGAUCACUUGACUUCAGUUAAGGGUUACCUAAUUAUUUUUUAAUGGGUUACAUAACCAUUUUUGGAUGCGAUAUAAUUCUAUUCAAAGGUUACAUUACGUUAAUAAUGGCUGACAUGACUUUGUUUGGAGUAAUAUAACUUAGUUUUAAGUAUGACAAAAUUUAAAAAAUUUGACAAGUUAAGCUUUAGUACAGGUAAAUAUAUUCAACUUUUUUCUUUUUAUAGUGUUAAUUACAAAAAAUUUGACUUAUUUUGACAACAUCUUCCACACCGAACCAUUUUUUUUUUUUUGCAGAGAACAAGAAUGUGUUGAAAGGGGUUGAACUCUAUUUUGAAAUUGGUAGCGGAGAAAAGCUUCACUGCUCUAUACACAAUAAAACCAAUUAUGCUAGAUGGGUCAUCAAUGGGCGAAAGCUUGAAAUAACAAACUCUACUUCUCAAAGGAUCAGGGCUGGAGACAAUGGUGAUCUGUUCAUUAAAGAUGUGCAGCUGUCUGAUGGAGGAAUAUAUGAAUGCAAGAGAUUGGAAUAUGUUCAAUAUAACAUUGUCUACAUUAAUGGUAUGA